CCUACAUAAAGCCCCUCUCUCGGGCACAGUUUCUCCAACACAAGAACCCCCUCGUCCUCUCCCUCCCUAGACAGUCUGUCAAUCUUUUUCUACAAAGGGUUUUUAAUAAAAAUCUAGAUGGUACUAUAUACAAUCAACAACCAGCAAUGCUUUCUUGCCUAAAAAUCCCAUUUUUUUGAGAUAAAAAUCCAUUCUUUAUGAGGUCUUGACUCAUUUAUCAACCAAAGUACGUUCUUUGUUGCUUUGAGAAUGGCUGAUAACAGCUUUGACUCCUCAGAGGGCAAUGGCUUGUCCAUUGAUGAUCCUGAAAUUGCCUCUGUACUUACAGAGGAAAUGGACCAUCCAUGGAAUGAUGAAGCUUUAAGCUUUGGCUAUCGCAGAUCAGUACCUAUUGAUUUGCCUUCCCUGACUGAAGAGAACUUUGUUUUGAUGGUUGAGGAAGAGAAAUCCCAUUUGCCAAAAGAUGAUUAUCUCGUGAGAUUGAGGACAGGGGAGUUGGAUAUGAGCGUGAGAAGACUGGCCCUUGAUUGGAUUUUGAAGGCUCAUUCCCAUUAUGGUUUUGGAGAACUUACAAUUUAUCUGGCUAUGAAUUAUUUGGAUCGCUUCCUUUCCCUGUUUGAUUUGCCUGAAGGCACUACUUGGGCAGCGCAGCUGUUAGCUGUAGCUUGCUUCUCAAUAGGAGCAAAAAUGGCCGAAAUCAGACUCCCUCCAAUUGAGUAUUUACAGGUUGGAGACCCCAAAUAUGUUUUUGAAGCCAAUACUAUAGAAAGAAUGGAGCUUAUUGUGUUGACCACUCUGAACUGGAGGAUGCAUUCUUAUACUCCUUAUGCAUACAUAGACUAUUUUCUUAGGAAGAUAAAUGUUGGUGGUGGUGAUGGUAAUGAUCAAGAGCUUGCCUUUGAUGCUUUGAUUGGAAAAGCAGUCAAUCUCAUCUUGAGCACCAUAAAAGUUCUGGUGGGGGAAUUGAAUGCAGGCAUUGACUUCUUGGAAUUCAAGCCUUCUGAGAUUGCUGCAGCAGUGGCAAUAUUUGUUGCAGAAGAAAACAUACAAGCAAUAGAUACUGAGAAGGCAAUGUCUGGUUUGAUCCUAAUAGAGAAGGAAAGAGUGCUCAAGUGCCAUAAACUGCUGAAAGAUUUGACAUUGAUGAUGAUGAUGAGUGGGUCUACAGAUACUAAUAUGGCUAAUGCCUCUGUUUCAUUAGUGCCCCACAGCCCAAAUGGGGUACUUGAAGCUGCUUCCUUGAACUUUAGAAGUGAUGAAGGAACAGUUGGGUCAUGUCCAAGUUCUUCAAAUAAUACUCCAGAUGAUGCUAAUAGGAUAAAAUUGGACACAGAAACUUCUCCUUUUGGCAACAACUCUCAAAAGUGAAAGAAAAAAAAAGUCAUGAAAUGUGAAUUUUGGCUUCACAUCCAAGUCCCUUCAGUCCAAUCAGUUUGGUUGAAUGGAAGCUUUGGUGUGUGGGGUCUUAUAAAAAAACCCAAAAAAAAAAAAAAAGAAAAAGGUUUCCAUGCCAGAGAGAGAGAGAGAGAGAGAGAGAGAGAGAGAGAGAGAGAGAGAGAGAAUAUGAGGGAAGAGUUGGGAAGAGACAGCUCCCAACUUUCAUCCUUUUAGCAUGAAAAGAAUAGUCACCAGCUGUGAAUUAAUCAGGAGCUGUCAACUACUACAGAAUAGCAAAUGUGGAUGACAAAAAGUUUUGGAAGGGCAAUACAGUAAUUGGCAAGGGAUAAUACAUUUUGUUUGUAGCUUCAAAUAUAUAUAAAAAAAAAAAAAA